AUGCAGCCUGGCCGACCCCAGCGAGCCCCAGGGAGCUUCUCCCCCCUUCCCGGCAGCAGCGUGUCGUCCUCGGCUGCUGCUGCCGCCGCCGCAGCGUCCGGGGCCGGCGCCGGCGGCGGAGGAGGAGGAGGAGGACCCAGCGCCGCCCGAGACGAUGCCUCACAGCUGCGCCUUCAACAGCAACACCAACAUCACCAGCACCACCAACAGGCCUCCUCCCAGUACCCCGUGCGGCCCCAGAUACGCAGAAUCGAGUCCUCCGAGAGCGACGACGCCUCCAUCUCGUACACCAAGACCCGCAGCCCGCAAUCCCCGAUCGGCGUCACGAGCCCCUCGUAUUCCAACUUCACGGCGCUGCCGAACAGCAGCUCGACCAGCCUGCACAACUUCUCGCGACCCGGCCGCCCCAGCAACAACGCCCACGACGCAGCCAGCGUCCGCACCGUCUCGCCCCUUGCGCCCCCGCCCCCGCGGCCGGGAGGCGCAGGACACCACUCCCGGAAGCACUCGCAGACCCAGGGCCUGUUCGACUCGACCCUGCCGUCCACGAGCUCCUCCAACCUCGCCCAGUUCGCCCAGACUGCCUCGUCUCCGACUGGAAUCCAGCACGCGCCGGCUAUGCCCUCCCCCGGCCUGUCGGCCAGCCAGAUCGCCGCCCAGGCCGCAGUCCAGCAACACCAGCAGCACAACCGCCACCGGUCGCAGACCGUGCCCUUCCCCGGCAGCGAGCUCCCCGACACUGCGCGCCGGCCGGGAACAAGACCGCUCCAGGGUGCCGGUGCCGGCCCCGGCGAAAACAGCAGCAGUCGAGGCCCGCUGAGCCCUCCCAUGCUCAGUCUGACCGAGGCCAGCAUCCCGCGCGACGCCGGCGCCCUGGGCGGCGGGAGCAGUGCCGGCGACCGGGCAUACCACAAUGGCCUGUUGGGAAACCAGGCCGCCACCACGGCAGCAAAUAUCGCCUUUCCCAGGACGUCGCCGCAGUCUUCGCCCGGCCUGCCCACACCCGAUCUGCAGUCGCAGCAGUCGCCCUUUCCGCCGUCCCUCCCCAACCCCGAGAAGCCGGUCAAGGCCGAGAAGUCCAAGGUCAAGCUGUUCUCGCGGCCCAAGAAGAUCGAUACCAAGGGCGAGUCCAAGGAGAGGCCCUUGCCCAGCCCCGGCAAGAUUGGCUCGGCGUUGGCGUCCCUGCAGAGGGCCAACUACAGCACCACCAGCCUGGCCGACAGCCAGUCCAUGUACAACCUGGCCAAUUCCUCGUCCGCCACGAUACGCCCCAUAGACACGGCUACGGAGAAGGAAACCAAGGAGAAGGAGAAGAAACACCACUUCUUGUCGCGGCAGAAGCACAAGAUCAGCGGCAAGGAAGACUAUCACCUGCCCCUAUCCUCGGCCGCCAGCAACUCGCGCCCCGUCGAUCCCAACGCCCCGUCCAGUCUCUACAAUUUCAACCUCCCGCCGAGCCCGGGGCCCAACAGUGCCAGCUUCAGCAAGUCCGUCUCGGGCCUCGACCUGCGGCAUGGCGGCCGCGCCCUUCGCGAGAAGCGGAAGGAAGAGUCCAAGCUCGGCAUGAGCCACGAUAACGAGUCCGUCUUUACCAUGAACUCCGAGUGGCCGGGACCGGGGAGUCUGGGCUCGUCGCUGACGCAGACCCAGUCGAAUCUCUCCCAUCUACCACUCGAGCCCGUGGAUAGCUCCAAGUACGGCUUGCAUAACAUGAUGCUCGAUGACGCUUGGCCGUAUCUCAAGGCCAAGCUGCUCGUCGUGUUUGAGGGCGAAGACCUACGGCUCCCCAUCGAGGACUUCAACAGGGCCGUCACAAUGCAUAUACAAUACUGCAUCCAGCGGCGCUCGGCAUACAUAAUCAUCGAGGAUCUGAGGGAGCUCCUGUCUACCGGCUUCACGUCUCUGGACUACACCCUGCGCAAGACGACCGAGGACCGCCUGAUCCCGGCCUUGGCCGAUGUUUGGAUGGCCACCUUCACAAGCAUCUUACCCUACAUGCAGGCCAUUUUCCUGCCUCUGGAUCUCGAGUUUUCUGGCGUUGGGCCCUUGUUGACCACAGAGCAGGCCCGCGACUUCUGGGGUGGUGUGGCUAGCGGCAGUGCGCACUCGUUCACCGAGCGCGAACUUGGCGCCGUUCUGGACGUCAGAAGACUCGUGUUGCUGACCUUCCGCGAUGUCUUGAUAUUGCCGCGCUACGACAAGUUGAAGACCAUCUUCUCCCGGUUGAGUCUGGAGCACCUGCCCAGCAGCCUGGCGAGCCUGGCCUUGGCUAGCCCACCACCCAUCUCGGAGGGAGCCAUGAGUUCUUCUCCCCGAGACGCCUCCAUUCUGAGCAGUGUGGGGGAAGCUAGACCAGGUACUGCCAUGUCGGUCGACCCCAGCGUUGCUAGUUACAACUCAAGUUCGUCGACGCUUCUGAACGAGGGAAGCAACCCAAGCCGCUCGCGGGCCAUCUCCAAUGUGUCUUUCGGGUCAGGUGCCUCGGGAGGCGACGUUGGCAGCCAGCAGGGAUUACUUCGGCCGUUCGCUCCAGGCAGGAGUCGAGCGGACAGCGACCGGACGGAUCGGGACCGCGCUGAAGCGGAGAGCGGAAGUAAGCAGGUCACCGACAUGGUAGGCCGCAUGCUACAAUGUAUGAGCGUGCUAGCCAGUGUGUCGGUAAACAACUCGCCAUCAACCACGGGCCUCGACCAAUUGGGCCCGGCACCCCCCGGGGCACCGGACGAGGGGUCGAAGCAGGUGACAGAGCUCGGACGGCUCCUCAAGCUCAACUGGCUCGGCCGCGGACGGACGGGCCGGAACCGGCGCGGCAUGGUCGGCGGAAGAGUCCGGAGGGACGUCAGUGCGCAGAGGAGUGUAGGCACCGGGGGAAGCGGUCACAGCCGGUCCAAUUCGGCGCUGUCAGGUUUCGGUGCGGGCGCAAACGGGCCCGGGAAUGGAUUAGGAAUCGGGGUCGUCAGGGAGGGCGUCGGCGUUUCUGGAUAA